GAGUCAGUCAGUGAAACGAAAGGCCACACACUAGUCUCUAGCUAGAUAUCAAUCACAGACACAAACCCACCCGAAAAAACAAAACUCGAUCCUCCACGAAAAUGGCAGCCACUAGAGUGAUAACAACAGCUGCGUCGUCCGCCAGCCAAACGACAUCGUGUUUAUUCACAAAGCGACCAUUUCUUCUUCCGACGCAGAAAGUCUGCGGCUUUAACGGUCUCUGCUUCAAUAAGAGAGCCUUAGUGGUGAAAUCGAAGAGACCCUUCUCUUGCAAUGCCAUUUACAAUCCUCAGGUCCAGACAACCCAAGAAGGCCAGUCCGAAACCCUAGAUUACAGAGUUUUCUUCCAAGAUGGAUCCGGAAAGAAGGUAUCUCCAUGGCAUGAUAUACCAUUGCAUUUGGGAGAUGGAGUUUUUCACUUUAUAGUGGAGAUUCCUAAAGAGUCAAGUGCAAAAAUGGAGGUUGCUACUGAUGAAGCUUUCACUCCUAUCAAGCAAGAUACUAAGAAAGGGAAACUCAGAUAUUAUCCUUACAACAUAAACUGGAACUAUGGAUUGCUUCCACAAACAUGGGAAGAUCCAACUCAAGCAAACUCUGAAGUUGAAGGUGCUUUUGGAGACAAUGAUCCAGUUGAUGUUGUUGAGAUUGGUGAGAGUCAGAGGAAGAUAGGUGAGGUUCUAAAGGUAAAGCCUUUAGCUGCUUUGGCUAUGAUUGAUGAAGGAGAGCUGGAUUGGAAGAUUGUUGCGAUUUCUUUAGAUGAUCCUAAAGCUCAUCUUGUGAAUGAUGUUGAUGAUGUCGAGAAACAUUUCCCGGGUACUCUUACAGCUAUUAGGGAUUGGUUUAGAGACUACAAGAUUCCAGAUGGAAAACCUGCUAACAGGUUUGGUCUUGGAAACAAACCAGCAAACAAAGAUUAUGCUUUGAAGAUCAUCCAUGAGACGAACGAAUCAUGGGCUAAACUUGUUAAGAGAUCAGUUUCUCCUGGAGAUCUUUCACUUUUCUGAAACAGUUAAAAAGAUAAAUCUCUCGGAAAUCAUUGAGCUCAGUCAUAUUUUGAAACAGAGUUAUUACCCUGUGACAGUUUGCUUCUUUUUGUUUUGAUACCAUUUGAAACAAUUGAGAUUUUUUUUUUUCUGGUGAAAGAAAGAAGAAAUAACAAUCAUAUUUCUGUUGUGUUA